AUGUAAUAACCGUAAAUAGGAAAAUAUAAAAACGAGAACGAAUAUAAAUAUGGUGUCUCUAAACUAAAUCUAACAGGUUAUUUGAAAGCCAAAAUCUUAGAAAUUAGAGAGGAUGGAUUGACAAGCAUAGUAUUCAAUGCUUCAAUGAUGCCUAUUUUGAAUGCAUCACAAAUUCUAAAUGAUUCACUUCAAAUUUUUAUUGAUUAAAAGAUUAAAAGAAGCAGGAUUAACUACACUGUCAUUGAUUAUGACUUUAAUUUAUUGGAAUGGGAUUUAUUAGAGAUCUAUUAAACAAUGAGAUGCUAGAAACGAUUUUUAGCGAACUGGAUUCAUUGUAUAGACAGUACUCCUUACUAUAAUGAGUACUAAUCUAGUGCUAAACAUUUUUUUGUAUCUUAAAAAUUUUUAUUGAAGGUUUUUGUAGAUCUUAAAGUUUGA